UGGGCCGUGGGGAGGCUCGCGGCAAGCCGCUGAUUGUUCCUGCCGCGAGGUCGGCGGGGCUCGCGUAGCGCAGGGGAGUUAUGUGGAGCCCGUGAUUGCCCGCGCGCUCUGCCCGCGGCGCUGGGACAGCCAGGCUCACGGGGCACGCCGAGCGGGGGCGGCCGUGUCGGCCAGCUCCGGAACUGCAGCUCUGCGCACCUAGCCGAGAGGAAGAUGCCCGCGGGUGCCGAGCUCAGGCUGCGAAGCUGAGCGCCUUCCUCCCUGCAGCGGCAGCAGCACCGCCUUCGGCUGGUGGCGGCACUUGGCGUCCGCCGGGACUCCGGAGCCAGUCCGGAGCGCAGCGAGAGGACGAGGAGCGUCGGCCGAGCAUCCCUCGCCUGGAUUCGUGGGGUUCGCAGCGAGCGCGGGCGGGUCGGCCCGGAUGGGCGCACGAUUCGCGGCCCCCGCCGGACGCUGCGGAGCGGCCGGGGCACCGGGGGCCCGCUGAGCGCUGCUGCCGCGGACAGAACUUGUGCCAGAGGCCAUGUCCCGGCGCGGAGUCUAGUGCCGAACGGAGCCCCCGCGGGCCUGCUCGCGUCUGCGACCGCCCGGGACCUCUCAACCCCCUCGCCCGGAGUUCGCAGCGCGCUCCAGACAAGAUGGCGCGGCCGGCCUGGGGAGUGUUCGGGGCCCCGCGCCGUUCGCCUUGCCUUCUCCUGUGGCUGCUGCUGGUUUGGCUGGAGCCGGCGACGACUGUGGCCGGCCUGCGGGCGCCCUGCGCCGCCGCCUGCGCUUGCGCUGGGGACUCGCUGGACUGCGGCGGGCGCGGGCUGGCGGCGCUGCCCCGGGACCUGCCCGCCUGGACGCAGAGCCUAAACCUGAGUUACAACAAACUUGCUGAGAUUGACCCUACUGCUUUUGAGGACUUGCCAAAUCUACAGGAAGUGUACCUCAAUAGUAACGAGUUGACAGCCAUACCAUCCCUGGGUGCUGCUUCUUCUCACAUCAUCUCUCUCUUUCUGCAAAACAAUAAGAUUCGCAGCGUGGAGGGGAGUCAGUUGCAGCCUUACCUUUCCUUAGAAGCGCUGGAUCUGAGUUCAAACAACAUCACGGAAAUCCGGAGCAGCUGCUUUCCACAUGGGCUGCAAAUAAAGGAGCUUAACCUGGCGAGCAAUCGGAUUGGCACCCUGGAGUCAGGGGCAUUUGAUGGUCUGUCCCGGUCGCUGCUCACGCUCCGCCUGAGCAAGAACAGGAUCACCCAGCUUCCUGUGAAGGCAUUCAAGCUGCCCCGGCUGACCCAGCUGGACCUCAAUCGGAAUCGGAUCCGGCUAAUCGAAGGCCUGACGUUCCAGGGGCUCGACAGUUUGGAGGUGCUGAAGCUUCAGCGGAACAAUAUCAGCAAGCUGACAGACGGGGCCUUUUGGGGGCUGUCCAGGAUGCACGUGCUGCACUUGGAGUACAACAGCCUGGUGGAGGUGAACAGCGGGUCGCUCUAUGGCCUCACGGCCCUGCACCAGCUCCACCUCAGUAACAACUCCAUCUCUCGGAUUAACCGCGACGGCUGGAGCUUCUGCCAGAGGCUGCACGAGCUGAUUCUGUCCUACAACAACCUCACCCGGCUGGAUGAGGAGAGCCUGGCUGACCUGAGUAGCCUCAACGUCCUGCGCCUCAGCCAUAACUCCAUCAGCCAUAUCGCAGAAGGCGCCUUCAAGGGACUCAAAAACCUGCGAAUCUUGGAUCUGGACCAUAACGAGAUUUCAGGCACAAUAGAGGACACCAGUGGAGCUUUCACAGGGCUCGAGAGCCUGAGCAAGCUGACUCUGUUUGGAAACAAGAUCAAGUCCGUGGCUAAGAGAGCAUUCUUGGGGCUGGAAGGCCUGGAGCACCUGAACCUUGGAGAGAAUGCCAUCAGAUCUGUCCAGUUUGAUGCCUUUGUGAAGAUGAAGAAUCUUAAAGAGCUCCAUCUCAGCAGUGACAGCUUCCUGUGUGACUGCCAGCUGAAAUGGUUACCCCCAUGGCUAAUGGGGAGGAUGUUGCAAGCCUUCGUCACAGCCACCUGUGCCCACCCAGAAUCACUGAAGGGCCAGAGCAUUUUCUCUGUGCUGCCAGAGAGUUUCGUGUGUGAUGACUUCCCAAAGCCCCAGAUCAUCACCCAGCCAGAGACCACCAUGGCUGUGGUGGGCAAGGACAUCCGGUUCACGUGUUCGGCGGCCAGCAGCAGCAGCUCCCCUAUGACUUUUGCCUGGAAGAAGGACAAUGAAGUCUUGGCCAAUGCUGACAUGGAGAACUUCGCCCACGUCCGUGCUCAGGAUGGAGAGGUGAUGGAGUACACCACCAUUUUGCAUCUCCGUCACGUCACUUUUGGGCAUGAGGGCCGCUACCAAUGCAUCAUCACCAACCACUUCGGCUCCACCUACUCGCACAAGGCCAGGCUCACUGUGAAUGUGUUGCCAUCAUUCACCAAAAUGCCCCACGACAUUGCGAUCCGGACUGGCACCAUGGCCCGCCUCGAAUGUGCUGCCAUUGGCCACCCUAACCCCCAGAUUGCCUGGCAGAAGGAUGGAGGCACAGACUUCCCUGCUGCUCGGGAGCGACGCAUGCACGUCAUGCCAGAUGACGACGUGUUUUUCAUCACCGAUGUGAAAAUAGAUGACAUGGGGGUUUACAGCUGCACUGCCCAGAACUCCGCAGGCUCCAUUUCAGCUAAUGCCACCCUGACUGUCUUAGAAACUCCAUCCUUGGUGGUACCCUUGGAAGACUGUGUGGUGUCUGUUGGGGAAACAGUGGCACUUCAGUGCAAAGCAACUGGGAGCCCUCCGCCCCGCAUCACCUGGCUCAAGGGAAACCACCCUGUGAGCCUCACUGAGCGGCACCACUUCACCCCUGGCAACCAGCUGCUUGUUGUUCAGAACGUGGUGGCGGAGGACGCAGGCAGGUACACCUGUGAGAUGUCCAAUGCCCUGGGCACGGAGCGUGCUCACAGCCAGGUGAGCGUCUUACCCAGCUCAGGCUGCAGGAAGGACGGGACCACCGUGGGCAUCUUCACCAUUGCCGUGGUGUGCAGCAUUGUCCUCACAUCCCUGGUCUGGGUGUGCAUCAUCUACCAAACCAGGAAGAAAAGUGAAGAAUACAGCGUCACCAACACAGAUGAAACCGUCGUGCUGCCUGAUGUUCCCAGCUACCUCUCUUCUCAGGGGACCCUUUCUGAUCGACAGGAAACAGUGCUCAAGAGUGAGAGUGGCCAUCAAGCAAAUGGGCACAUUGACAGCAAUGGUGUUUGUCCAAGAGAUGCAAGCCUCUUUCCAGAGGUUGACACUCAUGGCGUUCCAUGCAGGCAGCCAAAACUCUGUGCUGGAUGUAAUAAAGAGCCAUGGAAAGUGAUGGAGCAGGCUGAUGGGACACCUUGCCCACAUAAGAUGGAGCACAGUGGCCCAGCUCUUUGUAGUGAUUGCAACACUGAUGUGGACAGUCACUCCACGGAACAAGCCUUCUAUCCUCUGUCUGGGUCCAGAGACAGUACACAGACCAGUAUGCUGAGCAGCCAGGAGCACAGUCGGAGUGACCGAGAACAUUCUGCAUGUCACCCGAACAGUGGAACUGUUGGUGGGUCCCACACUGACUGCAGGGGUUCCCUCUACCCCAGCAACCAUGACAGAAUGCUGACAUCCUCGAAGAAAAAGUCAAUAGCACCUCUCGAUGGAAAAGGAGCUGCUGCUUGGACUUUAGCAAGGUUCUGUGAGCCGGACUCCAUAGAUCUACAGCCUUCAUCUGUGCUACCUUCAGGCAAUCCUGAGCUCACAGAAGACUCCUCAGGUUUUCCUAACAUCCCCAGUGAAGGCCAGCACUUGCUUCUUUCCAAUGGGCACCUCCCCAAGGCAUGUGACUCCAGUCCUGAGUCCACACCACUGAAAGGACAACUCCCGGGGGCACGGAGCGGGCCACUGCUGUUUGCACCGAAAAUCUAGGCUUUGUCUACCUCAGCUCUUGUCUGAUCAAUCGCUUGCAGGAAAGAGAGGUAGGAGAGGCUGUGAGGAAGCUUGGAUUCAAGCGUCACUGAUUUGUACAUAGUUUUAACUUCCAUGUGGAGUGUCAGCAGUUCAAGGGACUUGCAUCUGAAGCACAGAAAAAGCAAGAGGCUAUUGUGUACAAAAGGCAGAAAAAGUAUUUGAUACCACUGUACAUAAGAGUUUUCAGAGAUUUCAUAUAUAUUAUAUAUCUUUUACAGAGGCUAUUUUAAUCUUUAGUGCAUGGUUAACAGAUGUCAGACAAUUUUGGCAAUAUUAUUUUUCAUUAUCGUCAGGUUGCUGUUUGAUUUGGGGUGGGGGGAAUAGUUUCGGUGCCUUAAUGCAUGCAUAGAAGCUGAAACCACAUUUGUCCCCAGUAGUUUUGGUGAGGUGGGAAGGAGGGAGAGUCCUUGCAUUGGUAUUGCACUUCAAAGGACCAGAACCCCAGGAUGCUUUACUUGCAGAGAUUCCAUCGGAGUAGGAAGUAACUUCCUACCUGUUGCUCACAUGUGGAUGCUCUUGCUGCAGACCUCCCUGUGGCAUCCAGAUGCCUGUGUAAAAUUACCCUUGCAGUGAAUAACUUGUAGACUUACCUUAUUUCUUUAACAAGUAGAAUGAGGGCUGUCAAUCCACCAGAAGCAAUUGGUCAGCAUAAUUUAGCGCUGCCUUUUUUUCCUUCUUUGAAGCUUAUUUUAUGAUAACAAAUGUGGUUUUUGUCCUUUUAGGCUUUUUAUUAUGGUAAAGGCUGCUGGUGUUGGUACCUGUGGAUUUUUCAAUAGUGAUGUCUUAGUUCUGCCAAUAUACUUCAUAUUAUCCUGGCCUUAGGGGAGAAAAAGGAUACAGUUCUUACUGUUUCAGGGCUAGCUUAUUUUCUACUGAGGAUCCAGAGUGGGACUGUACAAGAUUUAGCUUUUGACCUGGGUUCUGGGUGUAUUUGCACUUUUGAGACCUGUAACUAACCAUCUCGUGAGUGCCAAUGAGAAAUAAAGUAAACAUCAAAUUCAAACAGACAAGGUCCUUAAAAUCUCAGACAGCAUGCUCCUUCAGCCAAAGAGCUGAAGGGUGGUAUUGACAAAACAGUUACCUAUUUUAAAUUUUACUGUCUGGUCACCACUGUUCCAAAAGGUAUUUUCUCAACAGUUAACUGAUUGUUACUUCCACAAAAUAUGUGAAUCUGCUGCUUCUGAGAGGCAAUGUGAAAGAGGAAGUAUUACUUUUAUGUACAAAGUUAUUUAUUUAUAGAAAUUUUGGUACAAUGUACAUUGGAAAAAAACAUGUAAAAUAUUAAAGUGUUUAACAAAUGGCAUUGAAGUGUGUUUAAUAAAGGUUCAUUUAUAAAUGUUAA